AUGUACCCACCCAGUGAAAAAUCUGAAUUAGGAGAGGCAGUUGCAACAGAGAGCAACGACCAAGAAAUAAAAAACUGCGAGCAGGAAGGCAGCACUUCCAGCAACGGGGACAGCUCAGUUAAAGCAGAAGAAAACCCUCAACUGCUUGAAGGAGAGCAAAGGAAAGAAAAGGAUAUUAGCUAUGAGAAUCCAAGACUGAAAACUGGCGACGUUGACUAUAGCAAUGGAGAACCAGCAGCACUGAAAAGAGAAAAUGCCAGGAGUGUCACUGAUCAACAGACUAUUGAGAAGACAAAUAAUAAUCACAAGCCAGUACCUGAUUCACGGUCUGGAGAAUCAGACUUAAACAAAUGUGGCUUGAGAAUGACCAAAAAACUGUUGAGGGAUCUCUGCAAACAACACAAGUUAUAUGUGACUCCAAGCUUGAAUGACACCCUCUAUCUCCAUUACAAAGGAUUUGAUCGUUUGGAGAACUUGGAAGAAUAUACAGGCUUAAGGUGCCUGUGGCUAGAGUGCAACGGCCUGACGAAGAUUGAGAACCUGACCGCGCAGACAGACCUACGUUGCCUUUACCUGCAACUCAAUUUGAUUCACAAAAUUGAGAACCUUGAAUCUUUGCAGAAACUGGACUCUCUCAACCUCAGCAACAAUUAUGUAAAGACCAUUGAGAAUCUCUCUUGUUUGAAAGUUCUCCACACUCUCCAGAUUGCUCACAAUUUGUUACGAACAGUGGAAGACAUACAGCACUUGCAAGAUUGCCCGAGUAUCAGCGUCCUCGAUCUUUCUCACAAUAAGCUAGACGAUCCACAUAUUAUAGAAGUCCUGGAAACCAUGCCUGAUUUGCGUGUGUUGAACCUAAUGGGGAAUGAAGUCAUUAGGAAAAUAACUAACUAUAGGAGGACCCUUACUAUCCGAUUAAAACAACUGACUUAUUUGGAUGACAGACCGGUUUUCCCAAAGGAGAGAGCCUGUGCAGAAGCCUGGGCUGCAGGAGGACGUGAUGCUGAAAAAAAAGAAAAGGAAAUGUGGGAAUCGAAAGAAAGGAAGAAGAUACAAGACAGCAUGGAUGCUCUCACUGCAGUCCGAGAAAAAGCCAAAGAGAGGAAAAAACAGAAGGAAAUGAAAGAAAGGGACAUCGGCUCAGUCGAUGAAGAGAUGAUCCCAUCUUCAAGCAACGAUGCCGUGGCCGAAAAUGGGACGGAGACAUCAGAUGUUUUGGAACCACUGCAGACAAAGCAGAAGAUUGAGAAAUUUGUGAAAGACACUUUUGGCGCCCACAAAGAAGCUAUAGCUGCAGAGGAAAUCUUGGGUGAUCAGUCGAGGAGAUCAGAGAAUAAUCCACAUGAUCAGGAAGCACAGGAAGCGGAAUUGAAGGUGGCUCCUGGCUUGACAGCUAUUGAAAAAGCUGUUCCACAGUGA